GAUGAGAGACAGAACAAAGAAAACAAACCCCCUCUUCGGCUCUUCCUUAAAAUAAAAUAAUUUUCUAUUAAUAGCAACAGCCAAUUUAAAAACUCUCCGCUUUCUGAUUUCUGAUUGGCUGUUCUCUGCUGCUGUUUGCCCUAUCAGAUCGCUAACAGGAUCCAGAUCUCCCUCUUCUCCCCUCUUUUCUCGCCUCCGAUCUUAAAGAUUUUUUUAAAGACAUUGGGAAGAGUUCACUGUUAGAUUUAUACCAAAUAGGUGCCGUAUAGGGUUAUAUUUUUGAAGACUACAUAGAUGGAGAUGAUCUUGCUGUUACGGUAUUCUAAAUGAAGUCAUCAAAGGCGUGGUCGAUAGGCACCACAGAUAUACAAAUAAUGCCUACACCGCGCCACAGACCUCCAUCGAAAAGACCUAUUUGGAUCAUUGUCUUGCUUUGCUUGGUGUGCUUGUCCCUAAUUGGGGCUUAUAUUUACCCGCCACAAAGUUUCUCGGCUUGCUACUUCUUGUCCUCGAACGUCUGUAGUCCUUUCAAGGACUGGCUUCCUCCCGAACCAGCUAGAGAAUAUACUGAUGACGAGCUUGCUGCCCGUAUUGUUGCCAGAGAUAUUAUUUCGAUGCCAUCCGUUCAAUCAAAGAAUCCAAAGAUUGCCUUCAUGUUCUUGACACCAGGUUCAUUGCCAUUUGAAAAAUUAUGGGAGAAGUUCCUUUUGGGCCAUGAGGAGAGAUUUUCUAUUUAUGUACAUGCAUCAAAAGAAAAACCAGUACAUGAGAGCUCUUUAUUCAUUGGACGAGAUAUCCGCAGUGACAAGGUGUCCUGGGGAAAAAUUUCCAUGGUUGAUGCUGAGAGAAGACUUUUGGCAAAUGCUCUAGAAGAUGCUGAUAAUCAGCAUUUUGUUUUACUUUCUGACAGUUGUGUACCGCUGCAUAACUUUGACUAUGUAUAUAGUUAUUUGAUGGAGACAAAUAUCAGCUUUAUUGACUGUUUUGAGGAUCCCGGACCACAUGGUAGUGGCAGAUAUACUGAACAUAUGUUGCCUGAGAUUGAACGAAAAGACUGGAGGAAAGGCGCACAGUGGUUUUCAGUCAAGAGGCAACAUGCUUUGCUCAUCACGGCUGACAGCUUAUAUUACACAAAAUUCAAGCAUUAUUGCAAGCCAGGUAUGGAAGGCCAUCGCAACUGCUAUGCUGAUGAACACUAUUUACCAACUCUUUUCCAUAUGGUUGACCCCGGUGGCAUUGCAAAUUGGUCAGUGACCCAUGUUGAUUGGUCAGAAGGGAAGUGGCACCCUAAAGCAUAUAGAGCUCAGGAUGUAACCUUCGAGCUCAUGAAGAACAUUAGUUCUAUUGAUGAGACUAUACAUGUUACGAGUAAUGCAAAGAAAAUAGUUAUGAAGAAACCCUGCUUGUGGAAUGGAAUGAAGAGGCCAUGCUAUUUAUUUGCUAGGAAAUUUUACCCCGAAGCCCGAGAUAAAUUGAUGCACUUAUUCUCUAAUUUCACAGCCUUUUGAGUCAUCUAUGUUUUCAUCGUUUGCGUGGCAGAGUAUCGGUUUUGAACUGCUGCCUCUAAUCCCAGUGGUUCUCUGUUUUACGGGAACCUUGUAAAGUUCAGAUUUGUGUGUAGAGAUCUCUUAGGGCUUACGAAUUAGAAACCAUUGGGUAUCAGGAUGUCGAGGCUGAGGAUUCUAUCAAUUAAUUCUUCACUAUUACCCGCUCGAGGUAAUUUUUUUCUUGUCUUUUCUAGAUUGGUAAUGGUCUAUUCUUGAAACUUCCUGAUCGAAAAUUUUGUCUAUCUAUUUAACAACUGUAAGAGAAUAUGUUCUUCCCCCCUGUUCUUUCUUUAGUAGAAACAGAAGAAAAUUAUUACACGAAUUUUUGCUCUUGUAUUUGGACUUGCUGAUCCUUUCAGAAAUAUAUAUUUGUGACAUUGAGAAGCUGAAA